AUAUGGUGUCUCCCUUCCCUUCCCCAGGUGGAGGCGGAGGACGCGGACGCCGUGGACCGCGGGGGGCUGGUCUACAGUCUGGGGGAGGCGCACGUCCCGGCCCACGCCCUGCCCUUCGCUAUCAACCCCCACACCGGUCACCUCUUGCAGCUACAGGCCGUGGACAGAGACCCACCUGACGGACGCGCGGAGUGGCAGAUCAAGGUGCAGGUGAGAGACGGCCAGCGAGUCUCACCCUCACUUAUCGCAGCCGCCGACCGAGCCUCCCGCCACCGCCCCCGCUCCGCCCCCCACCCACGCCCCCCGCCCCCUCCCCAGGACCCCCCGCACUUCGAACCUAUGGGGGAGGUGCAGGAGGGGCCAAGAGGUCAGGGGAGGCAAGGGGUUCUGUUCCCAGGGGUGUAUUUCACGUGGGGUGGCGACGAGACAUCAAAAAUUGUGCCCCUUGAAAAUUCCCUCCAGAGUUCUGUGUUUUCUUCCAUCCGCGAGGGAGAUGCGGAGGGAAAGGAGGAGAGACAGGAAGCAGGCACCCGUAACUCCCCUAGGAUGCAGGAGGGAGUAGGACCAGGAGGCGUAGGAGGCGUAGGAGGAGGAGGAGGAGGAAGAAGUGAAGGGAGGCCAGAGUUUCCGAUGGGUUUCAUAGAUGGUGCGCAACGACAAAGAACAACAACAACUCGGGCUGAUGGGGGAACGACGAGGCUGCAGAGGAAGAGGAAGAGAGGAGGAGACUUUAUGCCCAACAACCGCAGGGCGACGAAGAGGAAGACAAGGGAGAAGACGUACAGGAGCACCAAGGACGACGCGAUAAAAGGAAGAGGCGCUAAACAGGAAAUAAAAAGAGAUAAGCAGGAAAUGAGAAGAGAAUCCGCCAGGGUGUCAAAAAAUAUCCCCACUCGAGUGAAAGCCGAGGGACUGGAAGCCGGCGUAGCGACAGGGGGAAGGAGGCUGAGAGAGGCCCCUUUCAACCCCUGGGGGAGACCACGCACCAAAUACAUCCCCCUGAGAAGGCAAACAAGACAGACGAGGCAAACAAGACAGACAAACCACAUGAAGCGUAAACAACCACCCAGCGAGGACUUAUACAAGGCAAAGAGACCCGUGGACGAACUAAACCUCCAUCACGACCAUUCUUUGAGCCGCGCGGAGCCUCAUUUCCCUCCUACAAACGGGACCAAGAGUAGGAGGAGAAUCGGCGGCGGUGCACGGGUCCCCCCCCACGGCCAUCACCCCUCGUGCCUCGUAACUCCGCCAUUAUCGGGUCGCAGUGCAAAGUUGGCACGUAAUAGAUACAGAAACUCGCUCCUUCUCCACUCUUUCGCGAGACGGUCCAGCGGCGGGGGCGAAGAGGAGGAAGGAGGAAAAGGGGGAAUAGAAGUAGAUAAAGCAAGACAAAGGAGCGAGAGGAGGAAGACAGGCUGUAACGUAGGGCUGGAAAAUAUCCCACCGCUGCCACCAGUGUUGAGGAAUGAGAAAACGGGAAACAGGAAACCGCAAAAGAAAACGAGGAGUGAAUUCGACUAUAACCACAACCACCAACACUACCGACCCACCCAUCACGCCCACACCCACGGCCCCACACCCACGCACACCCACACCCACGCUGCCUCCCCCAGAAGAAAAAGAGACACACGCACGAGCAGGAAGCCAUUGGAAGACGAUGAAAUGUAUGUACGGAGAUACAAAGCCAUGAACGGGCGCUGCGACACCUACGACACGUUUUCUAUACGCGGAGAAAACGAGAACGUGAAAGAAAACGAAGAUACGAGGGAGGACGAUGGUAAUGUGAAGCGCAUGAACAACGAGAAGGAUAAUGAAGUGGAGGAUGAGGAGGAGAUAAGAAGUGAGUUAGAGUGGAGGAGGAGGAUAGGGGAGAUGAUCGCGGAGAUGAGACGGGAGGAGGUGCAUGUGGCGGAGACUGUGGUGAAGGUGGUGGUACAAGACGUCAACGAUAACGCCCCAGUCUUCCCUAACACUACCAUGUACGGCGAAGUGCAAGAGAACGGCCCGAUCAAUCUCUCCGCGGGCGUGGUGUGGGCGUGGGAUGCUGACGACCAGGCGGAGGGGAGCAACGCCAUCAUCACCUACAGAAUCCAGAAGAAUGUGCUGGACGAGCGGACGGGCGAGGCCAUCUUCCGCAUCCACCCGCACACCGGCCUGCUGCACACCGCCAUCUGCUGCCUCGACCGGGAGACCACGCCCGAGUACGAGGUGCAGGUGGUGGCCCAGGACGGCGGCGGGCUGACAGGCACGGGGACGGUUGUAGUGCGACUAGCGGACGUCAACGACAACGCCCCCCGCCUGAGUCGUCACCUGUGGGCCGUGGAGGUGGACGAGACGGGCGGCGCCGCUCCCCCCGACACCAACCUGACGCUGCUGCAGAUCACGGCCACGGACAGGGACACGGCCAACUACUUCUACUACAGGGUGGUGGAGGCCAGCGGGUGGGGGUGGCAGCAUUUCGGGGUCCGCACGGUGGGCACGGCGGGGCACCUCCACGCGCUGAAGACUCUGGACUACGAAGACGAGGCGCAGCGGCGGGGCUUCAGGUUCAUGGUGCAGGUGACGGACCGGGGCCGCGGGGGUUGGGGGGACUCCCGCCACACCGACACGGGCUGGGUGGAGGUGCGCCUGCGGGACCUGAACGACAACCCGCCCGUGUUCUCCCGCCCGCACGCCCACGUCACGGUGAGCGAGGACGCCGCGCCGGGCACCCUCCUCACCUCCCUGCCCGCCUCCGACCCUGACAUGGCCGGGAGGCAGGGGGUGACGUACCAUGUGACGGGGGGGUGGGGGGCGCUACGAGUCGACGAGGAGGGGGGCGUGAGACUCUGGAGGGGGCUGGACAGGGAGGCGGAAGGGGGUGCGGUGGGGGUGGGGAGGGUGAUAGCGGUGGACACAGGGCAGCCCCCCCUCACCUCCACCUCCACCCUGACCAUCACUGUGUCCGAUGUGAAUGACUCGCCCCCCCGCCUCCUGCCCCCCACUCGCCUCUUCGUGCAGGAGGGCGCCCCCGCUAGUCUCCUGGGGGUCCUACAGGCGACGGAUGAUGACCUCUGGCAGUUCGGUCACGGCCCCCCCUUCACCUUCGAGCUCUCCCCCGCGAACCCCAGUCACGUGACCCAGGCGGUGACCUUGAAGAUGAGGAAAGAGCUGGCCAGUGGGCGCGGGGGAGCCGAGGUGUGGAGCCUGGCGCCGCUGGAUCGUGAGGCGGCGGCGGAGGUGGUGGUGGAGGUGGUGGUGAGCGACGCGGGGGGGCGGGGGGCGGCGUACCCGGUGGUGGUGGUUGUGGGUGACGUGAACGACAACCCUAUGAAGCCCGGGGCGAAGGUGGUACGACUCUGGAAGGUGCAGGGCGGGGGAGCAGACGUGGCCCUGGGGAGAGUGUAUGUGAACGACCCCGACGACUGGGACCUGGGGGACAAGAUGUUCCGCUGGGGGGGCGCGGCGCACCCCCUCUUCACCCUCAACCAAGACACCGGGGAGAUUUACGGCUCGGCGCAGCUCAGGGAGAGGAGGUACGAGCUGCACUUCCUGGUGAGUGACCGCCGCUGGGGCCAGAGGGACGUGCCGGCCAACGUGACGGUGGAAGUGACGCACCUCACGCCCGAGAGCCUGGCCAGCGCCGUGCCCAUCAGCCUCUCGCCAACCUCGCCCGCCGCCAUCACCGCGCACUGGACGCCCAAGACAGGCGGGGGGGGUCUGGGUACUCUGUCGGGAGCCGUGCGGGAGGUGGUGGGGGGCGCGGGGGCGGGGGUGGAGGUGCUCAUCGUUAGCGUCUACGGUACCCCAACCAGCGACCCCCAGCCCUCCCAGCACGACCCCUCCCCGGACAGCCCCCACCCCCGGACAUGGGUGUGGGUCAGCGUGAGGCAGCCCCCCGUCGCCCCUACCGCCCCCACCACCCCCGUACCCUUCAUGAACCCCGUCAAGUUGAGGGGGCUGCUCUCCCUACAUCAGGAAAAGUUGGAGAAGGUGAUGAAUCUGAGGGUGAUGGUGGGGGACGCCGCGCCCCCCUCCCCCCCAACGCCCCCCCUCCACCCCCCCUCCCUGGCCUCCAUGGUGCUUCCUCUGCAGGUGGUGGACACAAACCUGACCUCGCUGGUGACCCCCCGCCUGAGCCACGCCCCCCCCUGCCCCCCGCGCGGCCCCCACCACCUGGAGGGGGGCGCGUGUACCCCCAACUCCUGCCUGAACGGGGGGCGCUGCGUGAUGGGAAAGAGGUGCCUGUGUCCCGUGGGUGCCUCAGGUCCCCAGUGCAAGAUUCUCUCUCGCUCCUUCUCGGGGAGGGGGUGGGUGUGGUUGUCUCCCCCUUCCCCCUGUCUCCCCACCACCUACUCCCUCCGCCUCCUCCCCCUCCACCCCGACGCCCUCCUCCUCUACUCCGGCCCCCUCUCCUCCUCAUCAUCAUCAUCAUCCUCAUCCCCGCCUCCCCUCCUAGUGGUACAGGUGGUGGGGGGGCGCCCGCAGGUGGUGGUGGAGGGGGGUCGGGGGGCGGUGAAGGUGGAGGUGAACGUGACCUUGAAAGUGAACACCUGGCACUCCCUACACCUGCACUUGGACGGGCAGGGCGUCGUUCUAGCAGUGGAAGAAUGUGGUGUGGGGAGCGGCGGACCCCCUCCCCCGCACCCCUGCCUGGCGAGGGCUGGGUGGGGGAGGCAGGGGGAAGGGGAGGGAGAUGAUGAGGAUGGGGGGCUGGAAGUGGGGGGCUGGAGCGCGGGGGGGCCGUUGCAGGUGGGGGGCCUGGCGCACGCCCCCCCGCACCCCCAGGAUAUUGGGUGGAGUGUAGGCGCCCCCCUCGCCCCCCCUCUACACGGUUGCAUCUCCCACCUCAAGCUGAAUGGGGAGCUGGUGGACUUGGGCGAACCGGCACACAGCAGCGGGAGCCAGGGGGGGUGCGGGGUGCAGGCGCGGGCGUGUGGGCGCGGCGACCCCUGUGGGCGGCGAGGGCGGUGCGUGGGGGGCCUCGACAACCCGUGGUGCGAGUGUGAACCUGGGUGGGGAGGGGCGACCUGCUCCUCCCCCACCACCCCCGUCACCCUCACCCCCUCCUCCUACGCCCGGCUCUCCCUCCCCCGCCCCCCCGACCCGUACAAUGUGGAGGUGCGGGUGCGGGUGAGGGGGCGCGGGCGGCUGGAUGGGCUGAUGAUGAUGAUGAAGGAUGACACACACGCCCACGCCUUCAGGAUUAGACUUCGCGGGGGGAUAGCAUGCGCCGGGGUGGAGGGGGGGGCACGGCAGGGGGUUCAGGAGGUGUGCCUGGAAGGGGUGUCACUGGGGGACGGCGCCUGGCACUCCCUGAAGGCGCGAAGACAAGGCCACAACAUCGAGGUGCUGGUUGACAAUUCCUCGGACGGCUGGCGACACAACACGACCCUCACCUCCUUCCUCGCCUCCUCCGUGUCUGGGGACCUCCACGCCCUCCUUUCGCCGCCCCCGCCCCCCAUCGAGGCCUCUAGUGUCCUCCUGGGGGGCGUGCCUCAGCUGGGGGCCACAGGGGAAGUGGUGGUCAGAGAGGAUUUGAGUGAGGUCUGCCUCGAUGACGUCAGGAUAGGGGGCAAGGCGCUCCCCCACCCCCCCGCCCACACCCACCCGCCGCGGGGCACCGUGGACUCCUGGCGGGGCCGGGCCGCCGCCUGCCCCGCCCCCGACCCCUGCCCCGCCACCGCCGGCCUACCCCCCCUCACCUGCACACCCUCCUGGACACACGCCGCUUGCAGCUGCGGUCCGGGGCGUCAGCUGGUGGGUCGUGAGUGCGUGGACGUGGACGAGUGUGUGUACGGCCCCUGCCUGCACGGGGGCACCUGCUACAACCUGCGGCCGGGCUACCGCUGCGCCUGCCCGCUGACGCACGGGGGCGACAACUGUGAGUGGGCGAAGAUGGAAGCGGACACCCACCCCGUCAACGCCCCCCUCGCCAUCGCCGCCCUCACCCUCUCCGUCUUGGUCGUGGUGGUGAUCGGCGUGGUCCUCACCGUGAGGCACCAGCGGUCACGUGCCGGGCGGAGCGGGGAGAGCCUGACCCACCUGUCCAAGGGCGGCGCGCAGGUGUUGGAGUGUGCAGGCACCAACCCUCACCACCACCACCACCACCACCACCACAUCGCCCCAACCGCUCUAACCCACCCUGGAGUGGAAGGUGGAGGUGGAGACGGAGGUGGAGUGACAGUGGUAGGCGUGACAACCGUAACACUAAGCGGAGACCACCACCAGCACCACCACUACAAGCACCAUGAGGAAGAAGAGGGCGGUGAAGAAGGAGGAGGAGGAGGGGGGGGCGGAGAGAGACACAAGAAUGAUGGUAUAAUGAAACUCUCACAGCCAUGCCUUACCUCCCCUUGCCUCCCCUCCCCUUGCCUCCCCUCCCCAUGUAUUGCACCUCCCUGCAUCUCCACGUGCCUCCCCUCCCCUUGUAUCCCCUCUCCCCGCCUCUCCCAGCCCUCAGACACACCCAAGAUUAGCCAGCGAGGGGAGGCAAUGCAGGGAACACAGCAGGAAGGAAACACAGCACACCGCGCCCUCACCAAAGACCGGUGUGGUGGUGGUGUUAGCGCUGGUGAUGGUGUAGGUGGUGUUAGUCCAUGUGGUGGGGGUGUACGCGCCCCUCUUCCCCCCACCACAGCUCGGAGGCUACAGGAGGUGAUUGGAGGGGGUGCCGGCGCCCCUCCACCGCCCCCGCCACAGCCUCUACUUGCACAGGAUGAUCUGAGGGCGUAUGCUUACGAAGGGGAUGGGUCGCCUUCAAGCUGUCUGUCUUCGGCGGUGUUCGGGCUGGCCGGCGAGGAACAAGAAUACGAGGAGGAGUUGCCCAAGUCUUUAGUUCCAGAGUAUCGGGAAGUUUUGGAUUUGCUUAAAAAUUUACCAGACGCCGUGAGCUCCCUCGAACCGCCCCCCAGCGCCCUCCGUGAACCCUCCCCCCUCCCCUCCACCCCCGACACCUCCCCCUGCCCCUCCUGUCCUCCCCUUCUCCCCUCCUCCUCCUCAAUUUGUAUGGGCGAAGGAAAAGGGGCUAGGGAAAAAGGGGAAGGAGCGGUGAAGUGAGGGAUGGAGUGAGUGUGUGUGUGUGUGUGUGUGUGUGUGUGUGUUUUGAGAAGUGUCUAUCUAGUUCAAGUUUGGUGCGUUUAUUUUUUUCUUUUACGUGCAUAUAUUUCACGUCUAUUUGUUAUUGUUAUUGUUUUCUAGUCCUUGAUGAUGUGAUACUAGUUUAAAUAAUGUUGUUCUUGUAUAUCUAUCCACUUUAUUUAACUAUUUAUCUAUUAUUUAUCUAUUAUUUAUUCGCCCUGUCAUUCGCUACCCAACCUGUUUCUACACUCAAAAUUAUGACACACACCAUUAACUAUUAUCAUCAUUAUUACUAUCGUCGUUACCAUCACGUGCUACAGAUACAAUAAAAGUGAAAACGAAGUGCACCUGUGUCGUCGCAUGCUAGGUCGCCACACACCUGUAUUUUCCUCCCCAAUUAGCAGACCGUGAGCAGACCGGUGAUGUUUAUUUUCCUCCCUCGAGUCACACGAUUCUGCCAUUCAUUGCAAGAGAUUUUAUACAUUUUAUAUGAUGUUAGAAAUAAAUCGGCAAAGAA